AUGGCAUUUAUAGGCAGCCUCCCAGCAGCAGAGGAUGGUAAAAGGUUACCUAAUGGACUCCCCUCCCACUGGGGGGCUAAAGUCAGGCACAAACCACGGCCAGCCGUGACGACGACCAAUAAAAAGUCUAAAAAUAAAGUACUCAAAAGGAAACAUGAAGAAACAAGUGUAUUAAUUGAAAAGAUCAAAACUGUGAAACCCAAGAAAGGGAAAAUGUAUGGUGUUGAUGACUUUGAUAUGUUGGUGAAUAAAUACAGGAAAAACUUGUUAGGAAAAUCCCAAAAAUCAAAAUGGUUUGACCGGAGAUGGUGAAUUAAUGAUCAGAAUAAAAAAAGAAGAGGAAG